UGCACAAUGAGUUUCGGGCUGUUGGUCAUCAUGGCUGGAUUAUUUGGAUUGCUCAGUUUCAGUCUGCUUGCCGUGGCAGUGGGCACUGAGUACUGGUACAUUAUAGAUGCCGACCAAGUCGUCAACUCCAGCUGGCACUUCGCCAGUUCGCACUCGGGAUUGUGGAGGAUUUACGAAGGUGCUAAUGGCAGUUAUCAUGACAUCUCCUUCUAUAUGGACACUUCAGAGCUCACCGAGCAGGAGAAGCACCUUUUAAAUCUGCACCGUGUCAUUGUCAUCUUACUGCCUGUCAGCCUGGUACUGAUGGUGUUUGGAGGCAUCUUUGGCCUGGUGGGUUCCCUCGCCCGCAGUUAUACCAUUCUUACUGCCGUAGCUGUGUACUUCCUCAUCUGCAGCAUCUUCACACUUUCGGGUGUGUGCAUCUAUGUCAGCUACUCUCAGCAGGCCCUGCAUGAGCUGCAGCAGAUGGUUAGUGCUGAACUUCUAGCCCACGUCCAUGUGUCCUUCGGUUGGUCGCUGACCACUGCCUGUCUCUCCUACACGCUGGAGGUAGCGACCGGCAUCCUGCUCACAGUUGCAGCUCAUGUAGCUCACAGGGAACUGCACCAGAGUCCACAGUUACUUUCUCCAUGA